AUGGCUUCAACUCAGAACCGUGGACCGGAGCUCACGGCGAUAUGCUCGACAUUCGUUUCUCUUGCCUUUAUCACUACUGUCUUGCGGGUCUGGGUACGGACACGCAUCGUCAAAGCCUUCGGAGCUGAUGACUACUGGAUGAUGGCAGCGUUGAUUGCUCAUGUUAUGUUCGCAACAUGCGCGAUAGGUGGUGUUCACUACGGCACUGGUCGUCACAUGGACACACUGUCAUAUGAGCAACAAUACAAAGCAAUGCGAUACUGGUGGUUAUGUUACAUUGCCUACUGCUGGGCCAUGAUCACAUCUAAGAUAUCCAUUGGCCUCUUCCUCCUCCGCGUUACCGUCAAGGCCCUUCACAAAUACAUCAUCUACAGUGCCAUGGGACUUACCGUUCUCACCGGUCUCAUCUUCUUCUUCGUCACACUGUUCCAGUGUUCACCAGUUAGCUUCUUCUGGAACAAACACAUCGAGGGAGGGACUUGUGUCAAUGUCGACGUAAUCAUCGGCCUUACUUUCCUGUACAGCGCCAUCUCCGUUAUCAGCGACUUCACCUUCGCCAUACUGCCUUUCUUCCUCAUCUGGGGCUUGAACAUGUCGUACAAGACGAGAAUCAUGUUGAUUCCCAUUCUAGGCAUGGGUUGCAUUGCCAGUCUAGCUGUCGUCGUCCGCAUGGGCUACGUAAUGGACUUCCGGAACCCGGAUUUCCUCUGGGCCACUGUCGAUAUUGCGAUCUGGUCCGACAUCGAACAGGGUCUCGCCAUCACCGCCGGCUCCCUCGCCACUCUGCGCCCCCUGUGGCGGCAAGUCUCGGCCUCACUCGGCCUCAACUCAUCCACGUUUGGCCAUUCGGGUGGUAACCCUUCAGGCAUGCGCACCCCAAAAUGGAACGGUGACCCUACACUCGAGUCGCACAAGAAGCCCAGCAUCUUCAGCUUCACACGUUCGUUGCUCAAGACAGAAAAGAAGCAUGCUAGCAAAGAUCUCGACGAGGACUACGGAAUGGGUAACUUACAGCCCAUGCGGUUGCGGGAUGACCUCUCGGCGGAGAAUGAAAAAAGCGACAAGGUAUUCAACACGUGGAGAAUCAAGGGCGGUGGGAAGGUAUCUGAUGAAGAGUGCCGCAUAGGCGCCAUCACGAUGGAGACGCAUAUUAAUCAGAAAAACGAGAGGCGGUUACGGUGA